AUGUUGGGGUGGUCUGGAGCACGCUUUGCAGCCCCCUUGUACCUUCAUCAGGUCAUUGGGGCACCGUGCUCCGCUGCAACACAGUAUUCUCAUGCAUGCGCAUCGUGCGCCUCGCCCGCCAGCUCUUCAGCUGUGGCCCUCGUCACUCCAGUUCGAAGGCUCAGCAGCACUGCUUGUCGUUUUAGCGGCACCUUCCACUACCGAAAGGUGCGCCUCACGCCUGAGGACGCGCUCGACCCUCUCACAAAGCCAACCAACAUCGACAAGGGCGCCUUGCACGUCGUGUCGGUGCCGAUCGGAAACUUGAAGGACUUCUCCCUGCGGGCUCUCGAAGUGCUGCGCGGUGUUGACUACAUCAUUACCACCGAUCGCCCUGCUACCAAGACUCUCCUGGACCUCGUUAACAUACCCAACCAGGGUCGUCUCAUUCACUACAGCCGCGGAAAUUGCAGCUCCUCGCGCGAGAAGCUGGUGGAGUUACUAAAGGGGGGGCGCAGCAUGGCACUGGUCACUACGAGCGGUACCCCGUGCAUUGGUGACGUUGGUGCGGAGCUUGUGCAAGAGAUGCAGCAGAGCGACAUUCGCGUCACAGCUGUGCCGGGGGCGUCAGCCGUGAUGAGCGCGCUGGCGGUGUCUGGCUUGACGACUUCUGCUUACGAAUCCGCCAAGAGCCACAAGCGAGGCGCCGGCGCAGCCGGCCAUGACAACAUAACCCUCUCCCCUCAGACCUUUGAGGACGGCUCUUUUUUUUUUGGGAACGUGCUACCCAAGUCUCACGGAGCGCGGCUCCGGAUUCUCCGCACUAUCGUUGCUCCAGCCACAUUUCCGUGCGUCUUCUACGAGGUUCCGCGUCGACUGGUGAUGGUGCUGCAGGACAUUGCAUCUGUGCUGCCACGCCGGCGCGUCUACGUCACGCAUGAGCUGACGAAGCUGAACGAAUCUUUGCACGCCGGCACAGCCGAGCGACUCGUUGGUUUUUACCUCCGCCAAGAGGCACAGAUGCUGGUGAAGAAGGGGCAACUUGUUUUGGUGAUUGCCGGUGCUGGACCGAAAGAGACGGCGGCGUGGCUGGAGAAGGAGGCGGCGAAGCGGCGGCGUUUGCGCCACACCAUCCGUGAUCUUAUGAAGGGCGCCCCGCCUGUGGCAUUUCCGCACCGGGGCUCUGCGACGGGCAGCAGCGGGCCAAAUGCAGCGGACUCGUCAUCAGGAGGGCUCAGCGUGACAACAGCGAAGGAGGAGCGGCGGCAGCGGAAGCAGAAGCGAGCUGAGCUGCGGCGCUUGCGGCAGAGGAGAAAGCGCGACCGCCUUAUCCGGGCAAUCGAAUCAGAGCAGGAGAGGCUGCAAGUAAUCCUUGCCAGUAACCGGAACGAUGCUAGCCGGAUGACGUGA